AUGUUCUGUGACAUUAUACCAAUCACUAUAAUAACAUCGGCUUAUAAAUUGUUUGGUGCUCAGUAUAUUGAUGAUGACCAAUUCUUAUCCAUUGUGGCUACAUUUUCAUCUCUUUUCAAUGCCGGUGGUCGUGUUAUUUGGGGUGCCAUUGUUGAUCGAUUAUCCUUUAAGAUACCAAUGAUGAUCAUGCUUGUAAUUUGGGCAAUAGUGCUAUUAUCAUUCCCACAUAUUGGAUCACUGUCAAGUGUUGGAUUAAAAGUUAUGUAUGCUAUUUGGGUAUUCAUUUUGUUUUUUUCGCUGAGUGGUGUUUUCGUUAUUCAACCUGCGGCUACUGGGAUUCUGUUUGGCCCUUUAAAUAUGGCGGUGAAUUAUGGAAUAAUUUUCACUGGAUUUACGGUUGGCAGUAUUCUCUGUGCGAUCAUUACAUACUUCAUUAAUACCCCGAAUGCUUAUUUGGUACAAUUUACUGGUUGUGGUUGCGUGUGCAUAGUUGCUCUAAUCGCCAGCGUUUGGAUAGAAGACCGAAAAAUGUCAAAGCGUUGUAAAAUCUGCAAUUGUUGCACUACUAUGUGUAAAUCUCUACGAGUUGGAUAUCAUAGUAUUGAAGGUACAGAGGCAAUAUUAGAUGAUACAAGUUGA